GAGGUCGCCCGCGGAGGCUGGGGUGCCCUGCCGCGGGAACCGUUACCGCCACGCGGGGGACACUCGGCACCUGUUCCUGCGUGUCACCAAGCAGUACCUCCCACACGUGGCCCGCCUCUGCCUGAUCAGCACCUUCCUGGAGGAUGGCAUCCGCAUGUGGUUCCAGUGGGGCGAGCAGCGUGACUACAUCAACACCACCUGGAACUGUGGCUAUCUGCUGGCCUCAUCCUUUGUGUUCCUCAACCUGCUGGGACAGCUCACUGGCUGUGUCCUGGUGUUGAGCAGGAACUUUGUGCAAUACGCCUGCUUCGGGCUCUUUGGAAUCAUAGCGCUGCAGACGAUCGCCUACAGCAUCUUGUGGGACUUGAAGUUUCUGAUGAGGAACCUGGCCCUGGGAGGGGGCUUGCUGCUACUCCUAGCAGAGUCCCGCUCAGAAGGGAAGAGCAUGUUCGCAGGUGUUCCCACCAUGCGCGAGAGCUCCCCCAAGCAGUACAUGCAGCUCGGAGGCCGUGUCCUGCUGGUCUUGAUGUUCAUGACUCUGCUGCACUUCGAUGCCAGCUUCUUUUCUAUCGUCCAGAACAUCGUGGGCACAGCUCUGAUGAUCUUAGUGGCCAUUGGUUUUAAAACCAAGUUGGCGGCUUUGACUCUUGUCAUCUGGCUCUUUGCCAUCAACGUGUACUUCAACGCCUUCUGGACCAUUCCCGUCUACAAGCCCAUGCAUGACUUCCUGAAGUACGACUUCUUCCAGACCAUGUCGGUGAUCGGAGGCUUGCUCCUGGUGGUGGCUCUGGGCCCUGGGGGUGUCUCCAUGGAUGAGAAGAAGAAGGAGUGGUAACAGACAGAUCCCUGCCCUGCCUGGCCAAGACCCAGCCGUCGAGGACUGGUUCAGGGUGGAGCCAAGAAGCUGCCAGCAUUUGUGUCCUCCCCUCCCCUCCCUUGGUAAAGGCACCGAUGUUUUGAGAACUUUAUUUGCAGACACCUGAAAAUCGAUGAGAAGUCUGCUCUGGAACCAGUCUGGUACUGACCAUUGAGUGCUACCCAGCUGGUCAGUCCCCCAGCCCAGGCUUGGAGCAAGUCCUGUGGCGGGUGUGGCCCCCAGCAAUAUUUUGAGUCCUUUUCUGCAGUGAGGGCCUUCCAGCUGUACUGAGCAGACACAUUUAUCACUCAGAGCAGUCUCCCUCGUUUCUUCAGUUUACAUUUUGCUCAAACAGGAUUCCGGAUGGUCUGUUCAGACACCUCACACAGUUAAGCCCUGCAUUCUAGUUACUUUCCAGCUCAGCCAGUGAAGACCUAGAGAAUCCCAGAGCCAGGGAGCGACACAGUAUUGGAGGGGUAACUGAGGCUGCUGGUGAUGUAGGUUCACUCAUUCACAUGCUCGGCUGGGCACUGAUCCCCACGCCUGGCAGUGGGGAGGGCCAGCUGGGAGGCUGCGCACAGGAUAGCCAGCUCCACCAUGGAAUCGGCUGGGGGAGCAGCUGCCCCGCAGGGCUCAGCCCAGUUACCUCACUCGACCUUCAGAGCCAGGCCUGGACGCCCCAGCAGCCAACUCACUGUCCCUGAGGCGUUGCUUGCUCCAGUUUUGUCCAAGAUUAUGUCUCACAGUUUGUGAUGCCUUACCGAUUUGGUCUCAAUCCUGUAUUUAAAGUUUUCUAACAUUGCCUUA